AUGAACGUCUCCAACCGUAGAGAUAUAUGCAUUGCAGCCUCAGAAGUGAUAUCUCGUGAUCCAACCAACGCUACGUUUGAUAAUAUUGUGGAAUACGUCAUCAAAAAAGCGCCCAAUGCCAAAGGAGCGGUGGUGUUUGCCUCCGAGACAGACGUUCGAUGGCUACUCGAGGCAGUGAAACGUGCUAAUAAGACCAAGCAUUUCAUCAUGAUUGGAAGUGACGACUGGGGUACAAAGCAUAAUGCAGUCGAGACGCAAGAGAAAUCAGCGGAGGGCGCUAUAACUCUGUUACCAGCUAGGACACCAGACAAAGGUUUUGACAGCUAUUUCACGUCUCUUAACCCGCUGAACCACACCAACUUCUGGUUCAAACAGUUCUGGGAGAGGACCUUCCAUUGUUCAUUCAACAUCAGGGCCAAACGUGAGGAGGCGUCCUUCAGGCCUACCGCUCAAACUAGUAUAACGCGGUGUACAGGAAUGGAGGUUUUCACGCCCGAGGUUUACGAGCAGGAGGGUAAGGUGGCGUUUGUCAUCGACGCCACCUACGCACUGGCCCACGCCCUACACAGGAUGCAACGGGAUCUGUGUAACGGUACGGACGGGAUGUGUAGUGCGGUGACCCAAGGUGUUGACGGCAAGAUGUAUCUCGACUAUCUCAAAGAGGUAGCCUUCAAAGGUAGCAGUGGCGAGGUACGAUUCAACAAAGAUGGUGACAGACCCGGGAGCUACGAUUUGUACCAGUACCAAAGAAUAAAAAAUAAUUACAAAUACGUGCCAAUUGGAUCAUGGAGAAGCGGAAACCUCACACUUAAAACGAGCGAUCUGAGAUGGGGAGAGAAAUCACCAAAUAACAUGAUACCAGCGUCUGUGUGUUCUUUGCCCUGCGCCCAUGGCCACAUCAGGAAAAAGCGUGAGGGCGACGAAUGUUGUUGGGUCUGUACCAAAUGCGAGUAUCAGCAGUACCGUCACGACGAAUGGACGUGUAGGAACUGCACCCAGGGUACCCUUCCCGAUGAGAACCGUACAGGAUGUGAUGAUAUUUUUAUAGAGUAUCUGCACUGGUCGUCGCCCUGGGCCAUCGUUCCCGUGGUCAUGUCUAUUCUUGGGAUCCUCUCCACCCUCUACGUCAUCGCGGUGUUCGUCUAUUACAACGACACACCUGUAAUACGAGCAUCAGGUCGAGAGCUGUGCUACGUACUCCUUGUCGGUAUCCUCCUCACCUUCAUCACACCUUUCACUAUCAUCUCUCGACCAUCCACCUUCACCUGCUGUCUCCGUCGCAUCAUCCUGGGACUCUCUGUCGUCAUCUCCUAUUCCGCGCUCUUUACCAAAACAAACCGCGUCUACAGAAUAUUCAACAGCGGCAAGCGUUCCGUCAAGAGACCACGCUAUACCAGUCCUCGCUCCCAGUUGGUCAUCUGCUCGCUUUUGGUUUCAGUACAGGUGAUCGGUGUGGUCGUGUGGUUGGUACUCGUUCCGCCGCAAACUGAAAAACACUAUCCUUCUCGGAGCAAAGUCAUACUCGACUGUAGUGUCACAGACUUUGCAACUUCUCUCUCGUUAGCGUAUGCAAUGCUUCUAGUACUUUUAUGCACGUUAUAUGCCUUCAUGACUCGUAAAAUGCCAGAAAAUUUUAAUGAAGCCAAAUUUAUCGCUUUUACAAUGUACACGACGUGCAUCAUGUGGUCGGCCUUUAUUCCAAUUUAUCUUGGUACUUCGGCAACAGAUUAUAAGAUUCAACAAAUGCUCCUGUGCCUGUCCAUCAUAAUUAGCGCCAUUGUGACUCUCGGCUGCAUAUUCGCGCCCAAGGUUUACAUCGUGGUCCUGGCUCCUCAUAAAAACAAGAAGCCAACUGGUACCAUGGUGAUGAACAGUCGCGUCCGUUCGGCCUGUGGGUCAGCAGAAAACACGUGUAGACCCAAUGGCGAGAUGAAGACACGCCCUGUUCUGACCACGGCGCCAACAUCCAACACAACUUCAUCAGGUAUAGAGUUUGACUUCAAAGCCGCUGGUUCAGGUUCUGAUGAUGAACAAACGCAUCUCAACAGACAGGACUUGCCGUCAACAGACGUCUGACACAACCAUGCUUUCAUUUCUGACCAAAGACUAUUGAACCAAUCGAAUAUUCAUUAACCAGUGUAUGAAUCAGACACUUUAAAGAGUGAAAUUGAAAUCAAAAGACAAAAAGACAUGUCGCUAAAACGUGAGAACAUUUACUCACUCUGGAAAAACUAUGACGUCGUAUAAUGGUUGCCUUUGUGUUUAGGCGGGAAAAUAAUAGCAAGGUUUGAAUUUUCCGUGCGAAUUACCGGUCCCCGGAUGUAUUCUCUCAACAAAGUCAUCUCCAAGGAAUCUCGGAAGGAAUUUUGGAAUGAUAAUGCAACAUCUGAUAGAGUCUUUACUACAUUUAUAUUAAUUUUAACCAAACAACGUAUGAUUUUAAAGAAUCGAUCUGUCGUAAAUCGAAGCAUGUUUAUGGUAACACUGUCCUCCAAUCUGGUCAGUGUUUCAAAUUGGAAGACAUGAUUAUUGCGGUGCCUGUACAACCACUUAACGAUGUUCUAAUCGGAAUUCCAUACUUUCUAUCAUCUGGUAACACAUUCUGCAGAGGAAACAGUAGUGGACAUCAAAAUAUUUGGAUAAAUUGAUGUCAACUGACUAGCAGAAAAGGAAAUGGCACACAUGUGAUUUGUAGAUUCCAUUUGUUUACUGCUGAUCAUGACAUAUUAUAAAAUCAACGUAUAAAAGGAGUUGUUCGGUUUAAAGUAAAAAUGAGCCCAUUUCUUUUUGACGAAUAUCCCUCUGUUUUAAGUCUACCCACGAAAAGAUCCUACAUCUUUUAUAUCCGGGUGAUACCAUCAUGACCAACGAUUCCCGAAUAGAUCUAUCUUGACAAGAUAUUCUUCAAUUUGCCAUCUUAAUUCGCUGAGCGUGUGAUACAUAAAGGAUACCAUCUCCAGGGUACGUCUUCAGCGACUCACAAUCCGGUAACUAAGAUCCUACGUGUUUAUGCCAUUCGGAAUAAUUCUACAAGCAUAAAUCCCCUGCAAUUGCAGACAGCAGCGCAGAGGAUAAUCAAUUCGAGGUAUAUGGUUUCGCGUAUUUCAAUCGCCGGAUAUGUAAUCACAGCGAGGAUUGGAAGAUCAGAUCACAAGGCAGCAAUGCGAACGUCUUCUCCAGUCGUGUUCACACUGACGUGUGAACAUUGCACAAAAUAUUUGAGAAAAAAACGCUGUACCUUACAGGCAGGGCACCUGUGGUAUAAACUAAAGUGAUUAGCCUGUGAAAUCCAGUGCAGCAGAGACCUUCAAACUUGCAUCAUCUUGAGGGGUCUUUAAACAAUCGCACUUUCUCAAGUCAACAAUCGUCAUUGUGUCAUUGAUCUGUACAUUGUUCUUUCUACGAGGGAAGGGGCUUUCCUUUGCCGUGGUUGAAAAAACGGUAGAAUGAAACUGGGACUAUGUUUAUUUCCUCUCUUGUUUCAAGUCUCAUCAAUCUUGUUUGAUGUAAGAAUAACACGGUGUUCAUGUUCUAUAUUUUCAUAAAAGAUGAAUUUUAUCACUGGUUUAAAAUGAUAACGAUGAACUCAUUACAGUGGUAUCAAUAUGUUGCUAUAUUUUACUCUUACUUUGGGGACUAAAUAUGGCACAACGUACUUAAUUUCAACGAAUUCAAAUUGCUUAUUUUCAUUUCCCCACGAAUUAGGACUGAAACUUUACUACGAUACAAUUCGAAUCAGUAUUGGGUUUAUUUUGUGUUGGCUUUUAUCAAUUUCCACAUGUUUUAUUGCAGUGGCGUAGCGUUAGUGCCCCUAUUGAAGGGGCACUGGAACGAUGGGGGAGGGGGCAGCGGUCUUACCCGGGAAAUGAAAAUAAUGUGAAUUUACAAGGCUCCUGAUUAAGGGGAGUGUGCAGGACGUGAUCAAAGCUUCCUCUUUUCUCGUCCUUUUCGCCUUCUUCCUUUUUCUUUUCCUCAUUGCUUACUUUUGUUUACCACUCGAAUGGGGGCCCUGCCCCCCCCCCCCCCCAUGUAGCUACAUCACUGUUUCUUCGGUUGGAAAAUUAUUAUGCUUUUAUUGAUAUCAAUUUAAUUAUACAAAAAUAUAAUUGAAGUAUGUUGUCAUUUUACUUCAGUUAAUUUAAUAACAUGUUAUCGACUUUGCCAUUACACAUACAUAACAGUCAUGUACAAUAGUGUCAAUGUUAAUUACCAAUGACAACAGUGUCACUUUUUCUUCUGAAUAAUAAAUGAAUGUUUUU